AUGACUUACCUGAAUACUACCAGGAUGGAGAUCAGUGAUGGAUUUGCUAGCAUUCCCAUCAUGCUGACCACCAACUUGAACAAUCUCAUCUCCAAGAAGAAAAUUGCGCCACUAUCUAUUAUCAAGAUCAGCAAACAUGUUCACUGCAAAGUUUUGGGAAUAUGUGAACUUGCAUCUUCCAAGUCAUUGGCACUGGAGCCCAAAGUGGGAGUUAUCCUAUCCCAGCCAGAUGACAUCACCCUCCAUGGGGUGCACCACCAGAUUAAUACUUUUGCUGAUGAGGACAUGCAUGUUAAGGCAGCAAGCAUGGAGAAUAUGAGCAAUGGGCAGAAGAAGUAG